GAUUAUUUAAACAUGUUUUAAUCCCCUUGGGCUUUCCACGCUCAAGAAAGAGGCAAGAGUUCAAAUGGCUGCCAUGAUGCAAAUGCAAAUGUUGAUACUCAUAUCUCUUUCUGCUCUCUUUGGCCGUCUCUCAAUCUCAACUGACACCUUAAGCCCCGGUCAGCCUCUCCAUGAUGGCCAAACACUAGUCUCGGCCGUAGGAACCUUCGCCUUAGGAUUCUUCAGCCCAACUGGAUCAAAGAACAGGUACGUGGGCAUAUGGUACAAUAAGCUCCCAGUCCAAACAGUAGUCUGGGUUGCCAACCGCGGAAACCCUAUAGCUGCUGACGCCAACGGAACCAUGGAACUCAACAGCAAUGGCGCUCUGAUCUUAAAUAAUAGCCAAACAGUAGUCUGGGUUGCCUCCAUAGCGGUGCUCACCAAUCCUGUGGCACAGCUCUUAGAUAAUGGUAACCUUGUGAUCAGAGAAGCCAACAGCAUCGAGUUCGCUUGGCAGAGCUUUGACUACCCAACCGACACCCUUCUCUCGGGCAUGAAGCUGGGAUGGGACUUGAGAACUGGUCUUAACCGCAAUCUAACUGCCUGGCAAAACAAUGACGAUCCAUCUCCAGGGCGCUACACCUUUUCAGCGGACAUCAACGGAAGUCCUCAGCUUACUCUUUUGAUGGAUUCAGCUAAGAUAUGGCGGUCAGGGCCAUGGAAUGGUGCUCAGUUCAGCAAUACACCACAACCGUCCGGCUUGGGCUUAUUCAGUUUCGCUAACACGAAAGACGAGGUCUACUUCAUUUAUGACACAAUUGGUACAGACAUUGUAGGCCGGUUGACGGUGAACCAUACAGGCAUCUUGCAAUGGUUCGUGUGGAUCAAGAAGGCCAAUGAGUGGAGCAUCACAUGGUACGUGCCCCAAACUCAGUGCGAUUCGUCCUUCCCCUGCGGGCCUAACGCCAUCUGUGACAUCAACAGCUCGCCCAUGUGCCAGUGCUUGCAAGGGUUCGUUCCCAAAUCUCCGGCCAAUUGGGCUCUUAGGAAUACCACGUCUGGCUGUGUGCGCCGCAUGGCGUUGGACUGCAAAAAUAAAACCGACGGCUUCUUGACUAUCACCCCAGCUAUAUUACCAGACACGUCGACGGCCAUCGUCGACAAGACUAUAAACUUCACUCAAUGCAAAGAGAAGUGUUUGGCAAACUGCUCUUGUACGGGCUUUGCCAGUGCGGACAUCCGCGGAACCGGGUGCAUUAUGUGGAUGAAGGAUCUCGUCGGCCUCGGAACAGCAUCUUAUGAAGGAGGGGAUUUCUAUGUCCGACUAGCCGCUGCAGAUAUAGCUAGCCCAACUCCGGCGAAAGGUCUGGCCAAAGCAAAGGUUACAAUCAUCACUGUCUUGUCAGGGGCGGCACUGGUAAUUUUACUCAUUAGCUUCUUUGCAUGGAGAAAGAAAAAGAUGAACCGGAGAGCUCUUGCUGCACUUGAGAAAGGCAUAAAAGAAGAUGAUGAAAUAGAGCUACCACAACUUCAAUGGUCCACUUUAAUGGAAGCCACCGAUAACUUUGCUGAAACAAACAUUCUUGGAAAAGGUGGAUUUGGCUCAGUUUACAAGGGAAAGCUAGCUGAGGGAUGUGAGAUAGCAGUGAAAAGACUCUCUAAAAAUUCCGCUCAAGGCAUUGAUGAGUUCAAGAAUGAAGUCAUUUUGAUUGCAAAGCUUCAACACCGUAGCCUUGUGCGGCUUUUGGGAUAUUGCAUUCAAGGUGAUGAAAGGAUUCUUGUCUAUGAGUACAUGCCUAAUGGGAGUUUGGAUGCAUUUCUAUUUGAUAUUGUUCCAAACCGAGUAAGAGUGCAUUUGGAUUGGCCAACACGCUUUCAUAUCAUCAUUGGCAUUGCUCGAGGUCUUUUAUACCUUCAUCAAGACUCAAGAUUAAGGAUCAUUCAUAGGGAUCUCAAGGCUAGUAACAUUCUUCUUGACAGUGCAAUGAACCCUAAAAUCUCAGAUUUUGGAUUGGCUAGAAUUUUUGGUGAAAAUGAGACUAUAACCAAGACAAGGAAAGUAGUCGGUACACAUGGAUAUAUGGCUCCGGAAUAUGCAUUAGAUGGGAUUUUUUCAGUAAAGUCUGAUGUGUUUAGCUUUGGGGUAUUGAUUUUGGAAAUCAUAAGUGGCCAAAGGAAUAGGGUGUUUAUCUCAACACCACACCUUUAUCUUCUCGGGAAUGCUUGGAGCUUAUGGAACGAAGGGAAUGCUUUGGAUUUGAUGGAUCCAUUAAUUAGUGAUCCAUUUCCAGUGGCUCAAGUCAUGAGAUGUAUAAAUAUAGGUCUUUUAUGUGUUCAAGGGAAACCUGAAGAUAGGCCAAUUAUGUCAUCAGUGGUUUUUAUGCUGGGCAAUGAUGACGCAUCAUUAGCAAAACCUAAAGCACCCGGUUUUAAGGCUAUUCUUACUGGUGAAUUAGAAUCAACCCCUAAUCAUGUUGAGUUGCAUUCUUUCAAUAAUUUCACAUUUACGGAGCAAAUAGGUCGAUAGAGAUUUAUAUGUAUAUAUAUAAAUAUGUAAAGACAGAAUUUG